UCAUGUAGGUUGUCCUUGGGAUUGGCUCUUUCCUUAUCGAUCCAUUAUGCCGGAUGAUUGGUGCAAGAUUGGUUUGGGCAAUUAGCAACUUCAUAGUGUUUGCCUGCAUGUUGGCUACAACAAUACUAAGCUGGAUCUCCUAUGACCUGUACUCGAGCAAGCUUCAACAUAUUGUCGGGGCAGAUAAAACAGUCAAGACUGCAGCGCUCAUUCUUUUCUCUCUUCUUGGAUUGCCACUCUCGAUCACUUAUAGCGUUCCGUUCUCCGUGACUGCUGAGCUGACUGCCGGAACAGGAGGCGGACAAGGUUUGGCUACUGGAGUUCUGAAUCUUGCCAUUGUCGCUCCUCAGAUAGUGGUGUCACUCGGAGCCGGCCCAUGGGACAAGCUCUUGGGGGGAGGGAACGUCCCUGCCUUCGCCCUAGCCUCGGUUUUCUCGCUGGUAGCCGGAGUGCUCGCGGUGAUCAAGCUGCCCAAGCUGUCGAACAACUAUCAAUCCGCCGGCUUUCACAUGGGCUGAACCCCGGAAACCAAAACUCGAAGCCUGCUGCUGUGUGUAACAUCCAGAUGUUCAGUGCCAACAUUGCUAAACCUCACCCAUUUUGACAUUCGUUUACAUAUGGAGAUGAUUCUUUUCUCCUUCUUGUUAGAUACACAGUAAUAAGAUCAAAGAUGAGAUAGAGAUUAGGAUAGAGAGGUAGUUUUUAGGCCUGUGUAUACAAGUGUCAGCCCCAAGUUGUAAAAGAUGUACACUUUUUUACUGUAUAUUAUUUCACGGAUGACAGGAUGUAUUGUAUAUUGUUUUUUGGUC